AUGGAAAAAUGCCCACUAUGGAACGUGACACUUAAAGUGACUGUCACUUAUAAGUGUGUUUCUCUAUGGUCGGACACCGUGCCAAUAUUUCUUAGCAGAGUUAGUUUUUUAAAUCAGGAUACAAAACCACAAAAGUUACAAUUCAGAUUAGCAUCGAUUAUUGAACCAGAUGAUAAAUUAACCAUUGAAUUUUAUAUAACUUCGAAAAAAAAGCGAAAAAAACUAUGGGCAAUGUUCGAGAUUAUUCUAGAAAAUAUCAUCGAUACAAAAAUAUUAGAAUUAGAAGAAAAUCUAACAGAUCCAAAUAAUUUUUUAAUUAAAUCGACAUUUACAUUUAAACUUCAUUAUGCACAUCCUGAUUUAGCUACAGCAGUCAGUACUUUGGGAGGUGGUGAAAUUCAAGGUCAAGAUGAAAUUGAAUUGUUAGAUAUAUUUAAUGAAGAUGAAAAUACCGGUUAUAAACAUCGUGUGAAAAAAGGUGAUUUAGGAAAACUUGGAAAUUUAAAACGAAAAUUAGGUAAAAAACAUGGUGACGAAGAUGGUACACAUGACUUAGAUGGUACAGAUGAUGUACCGCCGGAAGUUGUCGAUGAAGCAGAUCAAAUGAAAAAGACAAUGAAUAAUAUGGAAUUACUACAGAAAAGUCUUGGUCGUUAUGAUGGUGAUCCAUAUCAAUUAACCGAAUGGCAAGUGAUGGUUCAUGUGAUACAAGGACGAGAAUUACCUGGUCUAGAUAUUAAUCCGUAUGUAGUGGUACAAAUAGACGAUGAAAAACACACAACAAUGGUACAAAAAUUAACAAAUGCACCAUUCUACGGAGAAUUUUUUACAUUUGAUUUUAAUUUACCUGCAUCACAAAUGUUCGAAAAAGUUAUUUAUUUUAGAGUACAUAAUUCUAAAAAAAUUAUAAGUAAAUUUACGGAUGGUACACCACUUGGUAUAUUUAAAGUUGAUAUUGCUACAAUUUAUAAUGAAAAAGAACAUGCAUUUGAACGAAAAUGGGCACAAUUGACAGAUCCAAACGCCGUUGGUAUUACUUGUGGUCAUUUAUUAAUGUCGAUUAUGGUUGCACAAAGAGGCGUACCAUCAAAAGUAUGUGUAUUGAUGUAUAAAAUAUUUCAGUGUAAAUUGUAUAGAAAAGGUUAA